AUGCCCCAGGAGUCAAUGACGAUUCGUGCGGAGGUCAUGCAAUACGAUGGUGUCAGAGACAGCAAUUGGUACUUUCCAUUGCAGGAUUUCAUUCCCAAGAGAGGUAACCACACAGCCUACGAGAGCCAAUCGCGGCGCUCUUGUGAGAAUGGGGCGAUCACACUGGGCUUGAAUGCAGAAGACUUCUCCGACUCAGCCCAAGACUUACAGCAGAACGAAGUGUUCAACGAUGUGUUGCCGGUGAGUCAACUGCUUUGCCACAUCACAAUGAGCAUCGAGCCUCCGACGGUUCAACGCAGCAAUCGGGAGGGCCACAGCUUUGUGCUGCUAAGUUUGGGAGGUUGGCCUUUUCGAGUGCGGCGCAUUGGCACCUUUGAGGGCCUGGGUGAUCACGGCAGGGUCGAGCUCUCAUUGGGAAGUGGAGACUUCAACGAGGAGGCGCUCUGGCAGUUGCUGGGUGAGUGCCAGAUGGGUGGGAAGUAUUGGUGCCAGCUCUUGGAGUUGGAUUGGCUUGGGCCGAAGAAGGAUGACCAGCUCGUCAUUGACUCUGAGAUACCACUUGAGAAGGGCUACAUUUGGUUCCGGGUUCUUUGCGCAGAAAGCAGUGGCACCGCGCUGCGAGUCGAGCUGCUGGAGGAUGGUGUGGUGCCUGCUUGGCUAGAUCUUCGUUUCUUGCAGGUUUGGGCUGGCGACAUUCCCUUGGGCUACCUGAACAAGGCUGACGUCGUCUAUGUCGAGAAUUCGGCUGGCCAUUUGGUUUUUGACGAUCCUUUGCGAUGCAGUGCGAACCAACUUGUGGAUUUGGGAUGGUCGAUCCACGAAGUUUGCUAUAGGUCCUUGCUGCUGCAUGCACAACGGCGGCAUCCCUGUGUUUUGAGUCCAUCGUAUCUUGGCAGCCAGACGGUGGAUGUGGACUCGUACCCAGCAGCACCGUUGUUGGAUGAAUACGACUUUUGGAUUAGCAGUUUCUUCAAGUUGGAAGGCUUGCCGUUAUCACUGACCGUUGUCAAGCUCGACAACUCGCGGCUUGAGCUUCGUAUCGUGGGAUUGGACUGCCCAGAAGAGCUCCAACGAUUGGAGGUUGGGUCGCAUAUUGACCAGACCUUCGAGCUUACCGUGAAGAAGAAAAUCCGAAGCCCAAUCAAGGACUUCGGAUUCUUCGACGCCAACGAUGUGCGACACUUAUUGGAUGAGGAUCCAGACCAAUCUCUUGUGUUGGAGAUGCGCACGUUCUUCAUCUCCCAGAAGCAGGCCUCUGCAGCUGGCCACCUUGCUCAGUUUUCCCACAUGGAGGCAGUGGUGGGCACCCCAGAACAUUCUCACUUUGUGACUUGGAUGAACGUCACAGAGCGCACCUGGACCAUCGACCGCGUCUUCCUCAAUGAUGUUCUACCAGCUGGAAAUGGCUAUGGCGGCAAAGCAAUUUCCGAGCAUUUACUUGUAGUAUGCGAUGUCGUCAACUGGAACACCUACAUGCUUAUGGCUGUUGCAGGCUCUACCACAAAGCAAGCCACCGAUAAGCUGGGUGACGUUCUGGGAUUUGCUUUGCAAAGUGAGCUGCAAGCAGCAGACUUGACAAGGGCACAGCUCUCCGAAUGGUCAUUGUUAGAUGUCUUUCAGCGCACCGUUCUUGGUAAGAUGUGCUCAUCAGUAAUCAAGAGAGUGAACAACGAGCUCAAACACAAUCUCAAGACGCUAGGCUGA